CUAAACCGAAAUCGGUAGAGAAGAAAAGAACACGUAAGAAAGAGCUGAAGAUGUCGUCCACAUCUCUGCUACCUAUCAAUGGAGGCCACCUUCUCUUCACUCAAGGCUCAUCCUUUCCCAAUUACCAUCCUUCUGCAACUCUCUACAAGUGGGGAUGGAAAAGACAACAAGGUGGAAAUGUAGUUGCUUACAGAACCAAUGGCCAUGCUCUUCAAAUUUUGGCCAAUCCUAAUGUCUCUUCAAAGAAAAGAGACUCAAGUAAUGAAGUGAUCAUGGUUGAUCCUUUGGAAGCCAAGCGGUUGGCUGCCAAGCAAAUGGAAGAAAUCAAAGCAAAAGAGAAGUACAAGAGAAAACGUCAAAUAGAAGCAAUUAAUGGUGCAUGGGCAAUGAUUGGUCUUACUGCAGGCUUGGUUAUUGAAGCUCAAACUGGAAAAAGCAUUCUGGACCAGUUGGUUGGCUACUGGAAUGCUAUUGUCAACAUCUUCAUGCCACAGUGAUCAUUUGAGUGAUGGUUGAAGAAUUGCAGAUUCAUUCUUGUAUCAUUUGAUCUUUUAAAUAAGGGUUGCAUAUUGUAAUAUAUUUAUGUACCAUAUAUGUUGUAAUUGCACCACAGGCUCUGUGCUACUAAUCGGUUUCUAAUUCACUGCGGCAUUCUUUUCACUUGAGCUACAUUGGUGUAGAAGAAUUCAAAAUUUUUAUAUUGAAAUAGUGGAGAUUGUUGUUA